UACCAGGACUCUGAUACCUAUUACAUGAAUGUGACGCAGGUGCUGAAAGAAGGCACCGAUGAUAAUGUUGAAGGUAAAGUGAGACCAUUUUUGGCUCGUCCCAGUUGCAGAGAACAUUUAGGAUUGGUAGAAGGCAAGUCAUACCUCAUCAUGGGCAGAUCUGUUGACCUGCCAAAGCUCGGGGGAAGUCUGCAGUAUGUUUUUGGAGAGCGGACCUGGGUUGAAUACUGGCCUACAAGAGAGGAAAGCCCAACUCCAGAACACAGUGAGCGAUACAUCGGCAUCACUAAGCUCCAGAACAAUCUCAUCGAUUUUGGAUGUACUACAUAAUUAUAUAACACCUAUUUGUUGAUUACAAAAAAAUAACCAUGAUCUCCAGCACGCACUCAUUAAAUCUUAAAUAACAUUGUUCGAGCCAAGAUUCUUUGUUGUAAUUUGAGAAGAAAAAAAAUGGUUGACUGAAUGAAGCUACAAAAUGUUCAGUUUUGUCU